UCGUGAUUUGCCCACCUCAGCCUCCCAAAUGUUGGGAUUACAGGUGUGAGCCACUGCAUCCAGCCUUUGUUCCUUUGUAAACUGUACCUGGGGAAGGAGUUGGGUCUGGCUGUACCUGGGGAGGGAAUUGGGGAUGGGAGGAUGGGAGGUGAGGCAUCUCCAUCAGACUUCCCCUGCCAAGCCUGAGGAACGUAGAGAAAGGAAGGAGCCUGAGGGAUCUGAAGCACCCAGGGCCCUCCCACUCCAGUCCCCAAAAAAGGGAGAGGGUGGAGCCACCCUCAUCAAGCCCUGGGAGGUGACUUUUGGGAGAGCUGCCUGGAAACAAAAGUGAAACUUAGUGCCCCAGACAAGCAGGGGCAAGCCUGCUAAGGAAGCUGUGGCCAGAAGCACAGAUCAGCUGCCCCAGUCCAGGUCCCCUGCUGAGACUCUCCCCUAAAAGUCAUGGCUGGGCUGAUGCUCCUCACCUUGGGAGGGUGCUCCCUCUGUGUGCUUCCUGCCAUUCCUGGGUUCUGGAACCGUGAGAACUGAACUAAAGGAUGACAGGAGCAAUCUGGAAUUUUGUUCACAGAGCUUUGAUGAACUUUCUAAACACGAUGGCUCUGCUAACAGCCGAAACAUUCAGCUUACAGUUUAACAACAAGCGCCAUGUCAACAAACCUCACUACCCGAGGAAGGCCCUCUUGUGUUACCAGCUGACGCCGCAGAAUGGCUCCACGCCUAUCAGAGGCCACUUAAAAAACAAGAAAAACCAUGCAGAAAUUCGCUUUAUUAACAAGAUCAAGUCCAUGGGACUGGACGAAACCCAGUGCUACCAAGUCACCUGUUACCUCACGUGGAGCCCCUGCCCCUCCUGUGCCCGGGAGCUGGUUGACUUCAUCAAGGCUCACCGCCAUCUGAACCUGCGCAUCUUCGCCUCCCGCCUGUACUACCACUGGCGCCCGCACUAUCAGGAGGGGCUGCUGCUUCUGUGUGGAUCCCAAGUCCCAGUGGAGGUCAUGGGCCUCCCAGAGUUUAGUGACUGCUGGGAAAACUUUGUGGACCACAAGGAACCGCCUUCCUUCAACCCCUCUGAGAAGUUAGAGGAGCUAGAUAAAAACAGCCGAGCCAUAAAGCGACGGCUUGAAAGGAUAAAGGUGAGGAGCUGUCCUGCCCUGCUGCCGACCGCGCCUCCUAGACAUAGGAGCCUGCCGCAGCCCCGCGCCCAUUGCCUGCUUGUCAUCAGUAGGAACACCACCUUCAGAUGCCAUGGAGCACACCGCGACCGCGCCACUGGGACUGGGAGCCCUCAGGGCCUGCACCGCCAGCGCUCCAGCUCUGCGGAGCAACCUUGA